AUGCAUACUAAUUCAGUUCAAGUUAACCGUGUCAGCACUUCUGGUUCCUCCUCUCCCUCAUCUGUACCCCCGAUUUGUCAGACUGUUACUUCUGCAGCACUGGGCACUUCGAAGUUCACUUACAGAAGGUCUGUGUUAGCUGGGACCAUCCGACCACAAGACAUGAUAGAGCUUUGUUCAAUUUUGCUGGCAGUAUCAGAAGCUGCUAAGGUUCUUGUAGACAAAAAUGGUUCCAUCAAUGUACAAAUUGAGAGAGAAAACCAGACAGGCAGUUUCUGUGCUGCCCAAUAUGAGAAGUACUGCCAAGAAGCACCUGAGGUCCAGAAAGCUGUGCCAAAUGACGAUUUGAAUGGAAAUCAAGUUGAUAUAAUUGGCAAAGACGAUUCCAGAUCUGGUGGUGAUGAUGUGCAGAAUGGAAGUCCAAUGUCUCCUAAAACGCUCGCAUUGAUUUGUGGUGAGAAAGAUAAGUUGUUCACACCAGAUGCUUGCUCAGACCGGAUUUGGAACCAUGGCUGCAACACAGAUGUCAAUGCAGAGCAGGAAAGGCUUGUGUUGGCAAAGUUCAGGGAUUUCCCUAAUAGGAUCAUCACUCGUGGAAUCAUAAAAGUGUUGGUGAAUGGAGUUCCUGUUGAUUACUUCACUGCUGGGAGGGGUUUAAGACAGGGAUGCCCUUGUCUCCUCUCCUCUUCAGCUUAG